AUGGGCGAUGCCUUCACAAAAUAUGCAACUGGAUCAAAUAGUUGCAUUUCCCCGAGGACGGCAGGAGGGGACUCAAAUUAUGGAAGUCCCCCUCCGAACAGUAAAGCACCCGCCAUGCCUUCGUAUCGUACAGAAACUGCGGUGAUACCUCCAAGCACGCCAAGGGUCAAGGGGGCAUGUCAUGACAAUGAUGUAAAGGAGGUUGAACCACCGACAGCAACCCAACAACUUCAGAAAGUGCGUCAAAUGUUUCGUCGUCUCGAUUCUCAUAACGAUGGUAUGGAGGAGGCCCUUAUUGGUUUGCGCUCACGUAUAGAUACAUUUCGGUCACUUUUGGCAACGUGCCUUAACGGGACUGUGAAGGAGCUGCGCGGUGAGUUGCGCAUUCUUCGGGAGUCAACGCAGUUCCUUGUGCAAGAUUUUGCCGGGGAUUUGGAACAGUGCAGGAGGAUUAUAAUGAGGCGCCUUCAAGGGGAGGCAAAUAGACGUGGGUAUGAUCCUCCAGCUACGAGAUCGUUCAAAAAGGAUUAUUCCAUGGAAGGCGGCUUAUCAAAGCGCGAGUCGUCAUGGGAACUGCAGCAGCAGUGCGGUGCUGGGAGAGGCGAACAAUCCGUUUUUCCCGGAUGGAGGGAGUUAGAGGUUCGAGAAGACUUGUUGGAGGCUCAGCAGCGAUGCACUGCUCUGGAGAAGAAGUUGAAGCAGCAGCGUGAGGCUCAUGAAAAUCAUUUGAGUGCCAUGAAGGAUAUGUAUGAGUCGAAGGAGUACACAUUAAAACGGCGAGUGGAACUACUGGAACGACUUGUAGAACGUGAUAGCGAAAAGCUUCGUUAUAUUCUCAGCGAUGAUAGUAAAGAUGGCCAUGGGAAAUGGGGGAAGAGGGGCCAUUUUAAGGAGGAACAGGACAACUAUUAUAGCAGUGGGGAUGAUGACUGUGAUGAAGUUCGGGAGUCCAGCAGGUUGCACACAAGAAGUAAACAAUCGCUCAAAGCUCCAGCUCAAAAGUUGUUGAAAAAGCGCCGUGGUGGAUUAGUAAAGGAACACGAGUCGCACCAAAGUCAGCACCCUCGUCAGGGGCCAUCGGAUUCGUGGACACCGAUGCUUUACGAUGACGUGGAGCGCCGAGUUCGUGCGCAGCUUUUGUAUGGUCGACAAAACUCACCCAAUCGCCCCAAAGGAGGGGGAAGCGGCCGUGACGUCGGAGGUCCUCAAAAGGGUGGGGAAUGCAGAAACCGUUUGGAGGAGCGCAGGCUGGAAAAUGUGGCGCGGCGUCUUCUCAAUGCGGUGGGUGAAGCAAAAGCAAAACAGAAGUGGCCUCAAGCUGAUGAUGAGGCGGACCACCGGCGUGUGGGCCCAUGGCGCACUUCAAACGAUGUGUCAACGGUGGCGCGUGGUUUGUGGGCUGAAAAUGUACUGCAAAAGAGGGCGGCGCGUCAACUUUGA